AUGGCGUCCAUGAUCUUACCCAGCAUCAAAUGCUCGGAUUGCGGUUGCAAUGUCGAGAUCUCGGCCCUGGGGGAUCAUGUCUGUGUGCAGACUGGCUAUCCCCCUGCGCUCCCAUCACCACCUCCCUCCGCAGGGUUAGGAUCGCCCGACCGACUGUCGAAGCCAGGGAGAGGACCUCCCCCGCGGAUUGAUCCAUCGGUUGCCAACAAAGCAUACCUGCAGCCGAACGUGCCUACGCCUGCCAGCAGUGUCGGUUUAUCGCCCAUGUCGGUCAGCGCUGCACCAAAAUCUCCAAUGCCACACAGCCCGGCCGAUAACAGCUCCGUGAUCGACUUGGAUUCGGUUUUCUCGUUUCCAAUGCCUGGAAACAGGUCGCCGACUCAUGUACGGACACCGAGCCCAAUGACUGGAGGAAUGGCCAAGUCACUACCGCCGAUUCCAUCGUCAUCGUUUGGACUGGGCAUGGUGCCAGAGAACAUACAGCUGCCCCCCAGUCCACUUCCGCCAGCAAAAUCGCCAGCCCCAGAAAUGAAUCACUCGAGGGGAGACUCAGUGGCCAGCCGCAGCAGCUAUGGAUCAUCUUUUUCUAGCAGCCGCUAUGGUGACUCGACAGCGAGAUCAUCGACAAAUAGCUUUACGCGUGGCUUUAGAACAUUUAUGGACGACACACCACCAGUGCCUCCAGCGCCUCUCCGCACUCCUAACAAGAAUGCUUUCUCACGCGAUUCAAACAUGUCCGUUGUUUCAUCCCGGGUUUCAUCGCGAAGUGAUAGGGAGGAGAUCCAUGGUGGAUUCGACUUUGGCAUUCCCACAGACCAGAACUCGACACUACACGAACUCCCCGAAGAGUCUCCCUCUGAUGAACACCGGAGCAACGACGAAUACGAUUUCCAGUCAUCUGCGCAGACUCACCUGCAUCCCGCAGCAGCAGCGGCGGCGGAGCCAGGUAGUGAUGUCCCCAGGAAAAACUCCGACGCAAGCACAGCCAGUGCAUUGUCCGUGACAAGCUUUGCCCGUGCCCUUGGUCUCGAAGACCAAAUGAACCACGACAGCUCUGCUUCGUCUGAUUCGUCUCCUUCCGAUGCGCGCAGUGGAAGUUCUAUGUCCAGCCUUCCCUCCGAUGCCAGCUUGAACCGACACAAGCCCACCGAUCCUCUCAAUCUAGGACCAUUGGUUGAGGAACUACCAGCACGAACCCGACAGACCAUUUUGGAAAUUCCCGGUCGUCAACGCAGUCCUAUGGAGGAGGUCCCUACCAUUCCAGCUGCGUACUUCAGCCCAGACUCGCCUACCGAUCCUGCCAUCGGCCAAGGUGGUCUGUCCUUGAUCGCAUCAAAGGCAGAAGUAAUCCCAACCCCUACUGGUCUGACACCGACUGAAUCAAGAGAGCCUUCUCCUAUGCCACCGCCCCAGCGAUCCUUCACAGCACCAACCCCCCGCCCACCGACUCAAUCAGCGACCCGCUCAAAAGGAAUCUGCAAGGGAUGUAACGAGACCAUCACGGGCAAAUCGAUUUCAUCCUCCGACGGUCGUUUAACUGGCCGUUACCACCGUGGUUGUUUCGUCUGCUUCGAGUGUCACUCACCCUUCCAGACUGCGGAUUUCUACGUCCUCAACAACCGUCCCUUCUGCGCACAGCAUUACCACGAGCGCAACGGUUCACUUUGCGCCGGUUGUCACACCGGUAUCGAGGGUCACUAUUUGGAGACUGUGGAGCGGAACCCAGCACGGCCAGACCGCCGUCGAUUUCACACCGAGUGCUUGCAGUGUCGUACAUGUCACAUCCUCCUCAAGGGUGACUAUUUUGAGUGGAAUGGUGAAGUCUACUGUGAACGCGACGCCCGUCGUGCCGCUGGUUACUAUCCACCACCUGGUCCUCCCGGCCCUCCUGGCCCUCCUGGCCGCCGACGUCCCACUCUUGCAUCAUCUCCGUUGUCUCAGUCUCGCGAGUUCCCGCCGGGCGGAUACCCUCCAUCUCCUAUGCCAGGGCAAGGACUGCGCCCGCGUUUUCCCCCUGGAGGCGGAGGACGCUUCCCCGAGCGACGAACCACCAGGCUCAUGAUGAUCUGA